GGUGAUCGAAAAAUACCAGAAAAAAAGAUUUUUUGGAGCAGUUUCUUUGCACAACCUUUAUUUCGCAAAAAGGUGAUAGCGAAGGUGGAAAACUAGAAGUUUAAAAAUUAUAGGCAGUGCCAGUGUCUGUAUUAAGGAAACAAAACCUCGUAAAAGCGAGUCAAAAUGAAUUAAUCCAUAAAUGUGUAUAAUAUAAAUGCUCACGAUGAGUCGGAAAAUACCCCGCUUCGCCAAUCGCAAUAUUUUUGAGUGAAUUUUGAAUCAUCCCCUGGAAAAGUGAUGGCAGGACUUGAGGGUUAUGAAAGGGUUUAUAGAGGACGGCAAUUAGAUGUUCCUUGGGAAGGAGCAAAUGAUGGACUUCCGACCAAAUAUCAUGGUCGUGAGGUUAUACGUCCUUUGGAUAUUCCUAUUAUGCAUCCUCUUGUCUCCCAGGAUACUCCACCCGCUGAUGACAUCGCAGUAAAAAAAUACGUAGGGUUAGGAUGUGGCUUAGCUAGUCUUAUCACGGAAAACUUAUUGAUCCAUCCUUUCAUUGUACUACGAAGACAAUGUCAAGUAAAUCCAAGUUCUGUCAAGUAUCACUUGGUUCCAAUCACUUUGAUACCGGUGAUGGUGCGUCUGCAUCAAACUCAAGGUCUCAAUACCUUAUGGAAAGGGAUAGGAUCAGUUUUGCUCAUCAGAGGAAUGAGCUUAGCAAUUGAAGACUUAGUUUCUAAAAUUACACCUUGGCCUAAGGAAAUAACUUGCAAUAGCUCUUUGAAAGCUUUCGGACAACACAUUCUUCUUAAAUGUGUAUCCAUCGGAUUGGUAACGCCAUUCUAUUCAGCAUCACUGGUAGAAACCGUACAAUCUGAAAUUGCUUCUGAAAGACCAGGAAUUUUGGAUGUUUUUCGGGACGGUGCGAUUCGACUACUUGAAGUUGGUACCAAGGGCAGACUUAUUCCAAUUUAUGCUCUUAUACCACCAACGAUUGCUUAUGGCGUAGUUAAAUAUCUCUUUGCACUCAUUGUGAGAGGCGUUAGUAGUCGUAUGAUGCAUCUCAGGCGAAGACACAUUCAAGAGUCGAAAGGUGCCUACAGUCGAGAUAUUCUUUCUGACAGCGUAGUUCAAGAUAUAGAAUUGCAGUCGAUUCUUGUGUCGAUGUGUGCUGCGGACGUAGUUUUUUAUCCGCUCGAGACGGUCAUUCACAGGUUACACUUGCAAGGCACUCGUACGAUAAUUGAUAAUUUGGAUACUGGGCGAAGCGUGACACCUUUAUUGACAGGGUACAGUGGAGCUAUCGACUGCUACCGAACGAUCAUUGCAACUGAAGGAACUCUUGGUUUGUACAAAGGCUUUGGAGCUCUUGUCCUCCAGUUCACUGUUCACUUCAUGGUAUUGCGAGCCACCAAGUGGAUUCUCACUGAGCUCACCACCAUUUUGAGACCAAAACCGGUUCAAAAAGUACAUCAGUCUUACUACAAUGAAAUAUAGAAAUAUUUUUCAAACACGCUUUAGCAGCUAACUAUGCAAAAUGUUCGUACACUUUUUUAAAUGAUAUUAUGUUUUUAACUCAAAAUAGCCGGCAGCGCAUAUGUCUCUAGAAUUUGAUAUUGACUAUUUUUCAACACGCUGAGUUUUAAAUAUAAACUCCCGAAUUUCUUUAGUGAAAAAGUAAAUUUUCUGCUUUAAUGAUAGCGGCUCUUUUCCAAGUAUUUAAAAGUUUACUAUUGAUGUUAAAUAGUUAAAGAGCUGAUAGUUCAGUGUAGUAUUUAAGUAAUGUAGAAUUUACAUUAAAUUCUCCUUUUUUAUAGCAAAAAGGAGACUUUUUUAAGAGCUGUAUUCAUUUAGGGUUUAACUAUAUUUAAAGAAAACGUGUCCAAGAAAAAAGCUUUUUUUAGGAAAAUUUGCGAUACUAAAAUAAUUGGGAUCUCUAGUCACGGAUAACCACUUGUACAUAUUUGCAGCUCUCAUUUAAAUUCUAAUCAAUUACUCUUCAGUGAUUAAUAUGUAAAAAUGAGUAUAUUUAGUUGUAAUAAAAACUUCAAGACAG